CUCAACCCUUUUCUCUCUCUUUUGUUCCUUUCCCUAUCUUCAGUUCAUGCGUUGUUUCGCCGUCUAAAGCUUCCAUUCCCCUUUCAAUCUACUCCUUUUUGGGUUUGUUUUUUUACCCCCAAAACACUCUCAUAUGUUUUUUCUUUGAUUUUUUUGGAUCUGGGUUCUGCUUGCUUUCAGAUUCUCAUUUUCAACUUCAACACCAGGUUAAAUCUAUUACUUCCUUCAAACUUAAGACCCAGAAGAUCAAAACAUAAAUUUAAAGCUGCAUAAGAAGUAUGGCGGUUUCCAUGAGAGAUUUAGAUCCUGCUUUUCAGGGAGUCGGGCAAAAAGCCGGAAUUGAAAUCUGGCGCAUUGAGAACUUCUGCCCUGUUUCAGUUCCGAAGUCAUCUCAUGGCAAAUUUUUCACAGGCGAUUCCUAUGUUAUUUUGAAGACAACUGCCUUAAAAAGUGGUGCCUUGCGUCAUGAUAUCCACUACUGGCUCGGUAAAGAUACAUCCCAGGAUGAAGCAGGUGCCGCUGCAGUCAAGACUGUUGAACUUGAUGCUGCCCUUGGAGGGCGUGCUGUUCAAUAUCGUGAAGUCCAGGGCCAUGAAACUGAGAAGUUUCUUUCCUAUUUUAAGCCAUGUAUCAUACCCCAGGAAGGUGGAGUAGCAUCUGGGUUCAAACAUGUUCAGGAAGAGGAACAUAAGAUACGUUUGUUUGUCUGUAGAGGCAAACAUGUUGUCCAUGUAAAAGAGGUUCCAUUUGCUCGAUCCUCACUUAACCAUGAUGACAUCUUUAUACUGGAUACAAAGUCUAAAAUAUUUCAAUUUAAUGGCUCCAAUUCAUCCAUUCAAGAGAGAGCAAAAGCCCUAGAAGUUGUACAAUACAUUAAAGAUACUUAUCAUGAUGGGAAAUGUGAGGUAGCUGCCAUUGAGGAUGGAAAGUUGAUGGCCGAUGCUGAGACUGGAGAAUUUUGGGGAUUCUUUGGCGGCUUUGCUCCACUUCCAAGGAAGACUGCUAGUGAUGAGGAUAAACCUAUUGAGGCUCAUCCUGCCAAGCUACUUAGUGUUGAGAAGGGGCAGGCAAAGCCUGUUGAAAUUGAUUCCUUGACGAGGGAGUUGUUGGACACAAAUAAAUGCUAUGUUUUGGAUUGUGGGUUCGAAGUGUUUGUAUGGAUGGGGAGAAAUACUUCUCUUGAUGAAAGAAAGAGCGCAAGUGGAGCAGCUGAGGAGUUAAUCCGUGGUUCUGAUAGACCAAAAUCCCAAAUAAUUCGUAUAAUUGAGGGGUUUGAGACUGUUUUAUUUAAGUCAAAGUUUGAGUCCUGGCCCCAGACCACUAAUGUUGCUGUUACUGAGGAUGGUAGAAGCAAAGUUGCUGCACUUUUACGACGCCAAGGGCUGAAUGUCAAGGGUCUAGCAAAAGCUGCUCCAGUGAAGGAAGAACCCCAACCGUAUAUUGAUUGCACUGGAAAUUUGCAGGUUUGGCGUGUGAAUGGCCAGAAAAAAGUUCUCCUUCCAGCUUCUGAUCAGUCAAAAUUUUACAGCGGGGAUUGCUAUAUUUUUCAAUAUUCUUAUCCUGGAGAAGACAAAGAAGAGUAUCUCAUAGGAACAUGGAUUGGAAAGCAGAGUGUCGAGGGAGAAAGAGUUUCCGCAAUCUCUUUAGCAACCAAUAUGGUUGAAGCAUUGAAGUUCCAGGCUACCCAGGCUUGCAUCCACGAAGGAAGUGAACCCAUUCAAUUCUUUUCUAUCUUCCAGAGUUUUAUUGUGUUCAAGGGUGGUCGUAGUGAGGGAUACAAGAAUUAUAUUUCUGAGAAGGAAAUUCCAGAUGGCACAUACACAGAAGAUGGUCUUGCACUGUUCCGGGUUCAGGGUUCUGGACCUGAUAACAUGCAAGCAAUACAAGUCGAAGCAGUCGCGUCAUCUUUGAACUCCUCCUACUGUUACAUAUUACAUAGUGAUUCCACCAUAUUCACUUGGGCUGGAAACCUAACUUCCCCUGAUGACCAUGAGCUUGUUGAGAGAAAACUAGAUAUCAUAAAGCCCAAUUUACAAUCCAAGCCACAAAAAGAAGGAUCGGAAUCUGAACAGUUUUGGGAGUUGCUCGGAGGAAAAUCCGAAUACCCGAGCCAAAAGAUUGCAAGGGAACCUGAAGGUGAUCCUCACCUAUUUUCCUGCUCAAAAGGGAAUCUUAAGGUGACGGAGAUAUAUAACUUCACCCAAGAUGAUUUAAUGACUGAAGAUAUAUUCAUCCUAGAUUGCCACUUGGAUAUCUUUGUCUGGGUCGGACAAGAGGUUGAUACCAAGAAUAAAUUGCAGGCCUUGACCAUUGGUCAGAAAUUUCUUGAGCUGGAUGUUCUCCUAGAAAAUUUGUUCCAUGAAGCUCCGAUCUACAUAAUCAUGGAAGGGAGCGAGCCACCCUUCUUCACACGUUUUUUUGCAUGGGAUUCUGCAAAGUCCGCGAUGCAUGGAAACUCGUUUCAAAGGAAACUUACCAUUAUGAAAACCGGCGGUACACCAGCAAUUGAUAAACCCAAGCGGAGAACACCUGUAUCACAUGGUGGAAGGUCUAGUAGUGUGCCAGAUAGAUCACAACGUUCGAGAAGUAUGUCCUUCAGCCCUGAACGAGUUCGUGUGAGGGGAAGGUCUCCUGCUUUCAAUGCACUAGCUGCUGCAUUUGAGAAUCCCAAUGCUAGAAACCUUCCUACUCCACCCGUGGCUAAAAAACUGUAUCCAAAAUCUGUGACUCCAGAUUCUGCAAAGAAAUCUGCAGCGAUAGAAGCUAUUACUGCAUCUUUCGAACGACCACCACCAGCUCGAGAGACCAUCAUACCUAGAGCCGUGAAAGUGAGCCCACCAACACCCAAAUCAACACCAGAGCCUAACUCUAAGGAGAAUUCCAUGAGCAGCAAACUAGAAUCCCUUACUAUACAAGAAGAUGCCAAAGAGGGUGAGGCUGAAGACGAGGAAGGCCUUCCAAUAUACCCUUAUGAACGUCUCAAAAUAACAUCGACUGAUCCCAUUUCUGAAAUAGAUGUGACCAAGCGAGAGACGUACCUGUCAUCCAAGGAGUUCAAGGAGAAGUUCGGGAUGAAAAAGGAUGCAUUCUAUAAGUUGCCUAAGUGGAAACAAAACAAGCUAAAAAUGGCUCUUCAACUGUUCUAAGGCCCUUUUGAUUCAUCAUCUAUUUAUCACAACUCCCUGCAAAUGAGAGUGCAGGUGGAACAAAACAUGCUUGCAAAUUUGCACAAGUUCUUUUCAUUUUUCAUCAAGUUUGCUUCUUUUUUUUAAUCUUAAAUUGAAUCCGCAUAUCACUCUAACUGCACCAUUUUGUUCGGCAGCAGUGGGAAAAACCCGAACCCCGUUUUCGCAGGAUCGAAAAAGUGGGACAGCAUCAGUGCAUAUUUAGCUGCUUCUGCUCCCCUAUGAAGCUUUUGGUUUUCUUUUUUGGUCAUUGAUAGACAUAUUUGGAUUUCAACCCUUCCCCCCCCUCAUGUGGUGGUUUGAAUGUCUAGAAAAUUCUUCCCUUUUUUUCAUUUGUUGUCUCUGGUUGAGUUAGCUUAUGGGUAUUCUUUAUGAUUGUGAGGUUUGUAUUUUUGCAUUUUUUUAAUUUAUUUUUUUGGGUGUCCAAAAUAAUAAAAAAAUAGAACAAAUAUUGGGAGUUUGCAAAUGCCAGACAAUUUAGGUUGUAUUUUUGUAAACUUUGAGGAUGAAAAGUUUGUACAGCAGAGUGUAAGAACCAAGAACUAGUUCAUUGUCUUUUGUUUUGAAUAAUAAAAGUGUGCUUAUUAUUAUUA